AUAAAAACAAGCAAUAUCCCAAUGUUCCACAAUAAUUAAAAUAUAUUUGUAAUUUUGUUCUCAAAGAUAGAAGAAGACUCUGUCUCUGUCUCUGUCUCUGUCUCUGUAUCUGUCUUUGUCUCUGUUCGUCUCUCUGAAGGAAUCGCUAAGGAUCACAUUCUUUUCAAGUUUAAUUUCUGCUUCUGUGCACCUCUAAAAGUUCUCUGCUUUUUUAGGGUUCCUUUGAUUCUUAAUUGGGUUGCAAUUGGGUGUCUCACUCUGCUUUGCCCAAUUGAUGCCACUGUAGUUGUUCAUGAUAAUAGUAGAACUUUUGACCUGACCAGUGAAGAGUGAACUGCCAGGGCAUACGACAAGCUGGUAUAGUACUCAGGAUAUGGGCUGCUUCGUCUCCACUCCAAAGGAUUCUAGUGGGAAUAGAAGAAGACCAGGGAGUAUUGGGGAGGUUUCUGUGUAUGUUCCCGGUCUAAGAAUUCCUAAACCUGUUGAUUUUGCCCUGUCACUUGGUGAUUACUUGUCCAAGAAUAUAGUGGAACGCCUGUCUGCGCUUAGAACUCGUAUAGUUGUAAUGGCUGGUCAAGAAGGGCCUACAAUUACAAGAACAAAAAGGAAAAGUGCCACCCAACAUGGAGGUUCAACAUUGGCUGAUCUUCAGCAGGCUCUUGAAGACUACUUGCCAGUACUUUUGGGAUUAGUCGAAAAUGGAAGCCAUUUACAAUACAAAAUACAGUUUGGUUGGGUGAAUCAAGAGGAUGAUGCAGAGGAAACAGCCAUGUCAAAUGCCUGGUAUGAGGUGUUGUCAGUUUUGCACUUGAUGGCUACGCUAUCAUUAUCACAAGCCAAUUUAUUACUUCUUCCCAGAGCGACCGCUGAUGGUCAUCAGCCAAAAGUAUCAGAAGAAAGCAGACGAGCUUCUGUUGAUAUCUUCCUAAAGGCAGCUGGGUAUCUUGAUUGUGCUGUAAGGCAUGUUCUUCCACAGUUGCCUGCCGAACUCAGGAGAAAUUUACCAGUAGACCUUGCAGAAGGAGUUCUCCGAGCACUUUGUUUGCAAGCAUUGGGGCAGGGUGUAGAUAUCCAACUUGGAAUGGCAAUUGAUAGUACCAAAGCCACUCUCGCAGUGAAGCGUAGACUUGCAUGUGAGAUGGUGAAAUAUUGGCAGCAGGCUCAAGAUAAUAUUACGAACCUUCCAUUAGCAAAUGGUUGGGGUGAAAAACAUCGUCUCUUUGUGAAAUGGAAGUAUGUUGAGGCAAAGGCUGCAGCAUAUUAUUACCAUGGAUUGAUUCUUGAUGAGGGAAACACGGAGAAAUCUCAUGGAAUGGCCGUAGCUGCUUUACAAGCUGCUGAUGAGUAUUUCAAAGAAAGCAAGAAGCUGUGUGAAGCCUUUCAUGCAGCACCCCCAUUGUCAAGAAAUCCACCACUUUGGGGGACAAUGAAAUAUCUUUUUGAGAAAAUUCCAAAGGAUACUUCAAGCAAGGUGCGAGUAAACCGUGAUCUGUAUACCUAUGAGAGAAUCAUGGAAACAGCACCAACAUUGCCUGAUUUUGCCUUGGCUUUAAAACCAGAUGAAUAUCAACUUCCUCAGGUUGAUUCCUCUUGGAGAACAGAAAAUGUGAAAGGGGGACAAAGUGGUGCCACAAAUAAUCUCAAUGGAUGAUGACAAAUGAAAAUUGAUUAAACCAUAUAAAUUUGCAGAUCUCAGAUGUCAGCUUAUCAGAAAAAAGGAUGCCAAUCAACUUGAAGCUCAAAAGGGUGAUUUUCCAAUGCUUUGUCAAUAGUUGAAAAUUAACUAUUUCCGAUUGUGACUACCUUUUCCCUCGUUUUUUCUCCAUAAAUUGAUUCCCUCCUCCACAAUAUUUGAAAAAAGAAGGCCUGCAAGUGGAAAUAGAGCUUCAAGUUGGGUUAAUGUAAAUUGUUCACUUUAGGAAAAAAAAAAAAAGGGGUUUCCUUGCCAAUACCCCAAAUAAUAUGAUCGUUACUGUUUUGGUUAUGCAUCAAAUCAGUCAAAUCCUCCAUUUGUCAAACAAGGUUGUACAAGUGAUUGUGUGUAUAGACUUGUGCAUUGCAGAGAAAA